AUGAAUGAGAACGACCGGCUGUUCCGACUGAUGGAGAGAUUCAUGGCUUCGGGGCCGGUUGAUGCCCUUUUCUCUUCACCGUCAAAUUUACCAACUUCGCAACGCACGUCGUCGCAAUUGACGCCAAAUAGAUCAUCUCUUGCGUUUAAGAGACAGAAGACUGCCCAUCGAGCGCGUUCACAUAUUUGGACAGCGGAUCAAGUUCUAGAUCUUCUCAAAUAUCUCGAAGAUUUCAAACAUGCGGGUCAUCAGGCAGGGUCGGGUGCAUUCACCAUAUUCGAUUAUCGCGACGCAGCUCAAGCCCUUGCCGAAAAGUAUGAUGUUGAGAUGACCGAGGGAAAGAUCAAGAACAAGUUCAAUCAUCUAAAGAGUCAAUGGGAUGAUUGGCACCGGCACCUGGCCCACGUUGAUGGAUGGCAGGUGGCGCCCGGCGAAGCACCUCAUACCUCGAACGACAUUGAAGAUGCUCACUAUAAAGAUAACCCACAAUGCAGACCAUUCCGAAGACAGAAGCCUCGCUUUUUGGAAGAAUUGCGGCGGAUACUCGGCGAUAGAGAAAUUCCACCAGCCCCUGCCCCAAUUGACUGUGACCCUCUCUCUCCUGAUGCGGGCGAGUCUGAAGUCGAAGCUGAGCCAGAGUCGGAGCCUGAGCUUGAAGUCACGCACACGCACACGCAUAUGAAUAAUGGCGCGCGGCAGAUUUACGCAUCGGAUACUGCCAACAUUCCCCCUGCGAAUACUUCUGACUACCGGGCUCUCAAAGACACCGUCGCUGAGCAGGCUCGAGCCAUCAAACAGUUGACCGAGGUCAUCAGAGAGUUGGCCAAGAUGCAGCGCCAGACACAUAUCUCCACUGUCCCUCCAUUCGUUCGAGUGAUGGAACGAUUCAAAUUGAUGCCGCUGUUCCGUGCACUGGAAUGGCGUGCUCGUAAAGUAGUGAUAGGAGUCGUGAGGGAUGAUGCCGAUGUUCUCGACACGCUGGACGAUGCAGCCCUGCAAUCAUGGCUUGAGGAGAUUCUCCGAGAUCAUCGUAUCGCGUUGCCAAGAGUAGCAUCACGGUAG